GGGCUUCGGGCGUGGGAAGCGCGGGCAGCUGGUGGGUGUGGCGGCUCGGGCGCUGCUGGCAGCUGACCCUACAAGACUCCGACCCGGACCCACCGGAGCGCCUGGUGUUGCCUCUGUGCGGUCCUGAGGCUGUGUGCACCGCAGCGGGAGGAGGACACUAGAGAGGGAAGGUGGCCCCAGCCCAGCCCACGCAGACCUCCCGGGUUGGGGGCACUUGUUCCCCUCGGCCUACGGAUCUUGGAUCUUGGGACAUUUGAACGGAAGAAAAUGAAACCCAAGGAAAGGAUUCAUGGUUUAGCAAGAGGAGGGCCACGUUUCAGAAAGAAGAAACAAUGUAAUUCCGUCACUGGGAAGACUGACGUCAAGGUGAAGAGGGACGUGGGAAGAGCAUGGCCUGGCCACGAUUUUUGCAAAGAGGAACUCUCCUCACCAGCUUCAGCCAUCACCAUGUUGCUGUGUUCCUGCUUACAUUCUUCAGCUAUUCACUGCUCCAUGCGUCAAGGAAAACAUUUAGCAACGUCAAAGUCAGCAUUUCCAAGCAGUGGACCCCAGAUGCUUUUAACACAUCGAUUGACCUGCCUGCAGAGAUCUGGAGCAGCAACCGUCUCUUUCCCAGCACGGAGGACGCCACUCUUUUUCUCGGAACACUAGAUACUGUUUUUUUGUUCUCCUAUGCGGUGGGCCUCUUCAUCAGUGGCAUCAUAGGGGACCGGCUGAAUCUGCGAUGGGUUCUGUCCUUUGGCAUGUGCUCUUCUGCAUUUGUGGUGUUUGUCUUUGGUACUCUUACGGAAUGGCUGCACUUCUACAACAAGUGGUUCUACUGUGGCCUGUGGAUUGUGAACGGCCUGCUGCAGUCCACUGGCUGGCCCUGUGUGGUUGCUGUGAUGGGCAACUGGUUUGGGAAAGCUGGCCGAGGAGUUGUCUUUGGUCUCUGGAGUGCCUGUGCUUCAGUGGGCAAUAUUUUGGGAGCAUGCCUGGCUUCAUCGGUUCUCCAGUAUGGCUAUGAGUACGCCUUUCUCGUGACCGCGUCUGUGCAAUUUGCUGGUGGGAUCGUCAUCUUCUUUGGACUUCUAGUGUCACCAGAAGAAAUUGGUCUCCCGAGUAUCGAGGCAGAGGAGGGCUCGGAGGAAGAUUCACAGAGGCCACUCAUUAAUGGUGCUGAAAAUGAAGAUGACUAUGAGCCCAAUUAUUCAAUCCAGGAGGACAGAGCUGUCAUCCAGGUGAAGGCAAUAAGCUUUCACCAGGCUUGCUGCCUUCCUGGAGUCAUACCGUACUCACUGGCCUACGCCUGCCUGAAGCUAGUGAAUUACUCCUUCUUCUUCUGGUUGCCCUUUUAUCUGAGUAACAACUUCGGGUGGAAGGAGGCUGAAGCUGACAAGUUGUCCAUUUGGUACGAUGUUGGAGGCAUCAUAGGUGGGACUCUGCAAGGCUUCAUCUCUGACGUCCUGCAGAAGAGAGCACCAGUGCUGGCCCUCAGCCUGUUCCUGGCAGUUGGGUCCCUUGUUGGGUAUAGUCGCUCUCCAAACAACAAGUCCGUCAAUGCACUCCUGAUGACCAUCACAGGGUUUUUUAUUGGUGGACCGUCCAAUAUGGUUAGCUCUGCUAUUUCUGCAGACUUGGGUCGCCAAGAACUGAUCCAAGGAAGCAGCGAGGCUCUGGCUACAGUCACAGGAAUCGUGGAUGGAACCGGGAGUAUUGGUGCUGCCGUGGGCCAGUAUCUGGUGUCUCUGAUCCAGGACAACUUGGGGUGGAUGUGGGUCUUCUACUUUUUUAUCCUCAUGACAAGUUGCACAAUUCUGUUUAUCUCACCGUUGAUAGUGAGGGAAGUAUUCUUUCUUGUGCAGAGGAGACAAGCUCCCAUACUUAAUGAGUAGCGGGUACCCACAAGAGGGAACGGACUGGAAGCUUAUGAGGGCCCAUAGGUCUUCAGCCCACUCGUGUGGAGUUAUCUAAACACUAAUGGAGCCUCAGCUUGCCAAGCAUCCUGCAACACUGCCAGCUACCCAGACACUGGCAAGCAAGGGCCGAAUUAUUUUUGUACACUACAGCAGUCACAGAAGAUUUUUAUUACAUUUGUGGAUGUACUGAAGGAAAGUGAAGCUGCCAGCAUCUUCGUUGGGCUUGUCAGCUUAUCCCUCCGACCUUAAAUACUGGUUUUGGUCCUGGACCCUUGUUCUUCAGCCUUAAUCAAGAGCUAAGUGAGCAGGAGGCAGAAUCAUGCAAGUUUAUAUUGAUGAGGAGACUGAGGUACGCUGCGCUGAUGCCACGUUUGCAGAGCGUGGAUCACCUAAGCAUCAGAGCAGAGCGGAGUCCAGACGAUGCUGCAGGCCUGCCGUGGACGGAGCGCACCUUGCAGAGGUGGAAGAUCACACCCUGUGAUGGCUGGGUUACUCUGUGGCUUCUGGAAGUCCUCGUCCUCUCCAGAAUGGCAGUUUGCUUGUUCUCCUCCGACUUCACUCACAUUUGACUGACUCCUAGGAGCAGUCUUCUGUUUGUGAACUAUUAAGUUAUUUUAGACAUUCCAUUAUGGAACUUUCAACCCCACAUUCACAGUCUAGGAAAGGUAAGACCCUCUGAGAAGCUGUUCUAUGUAGCCUUAUUGUUGAAAGAUUGGUCUCUGUCACAGUCACAGCUGAGUUCCUGGAGUUACCUUUGCAGAAGGCCAGGCUUAGAGAAAAGACAAAGGCAAUUUGUCCAGGGGGUGUGAAGUUUAUGUACUGAAUCAUGUUAGUGUAUUGUUAGGGCCCGAGGCCUGCCUUUUUAGAAGAUUGUAGAGUGUAUGUUCAAGACGAUGAAGGUCAUUCUGUACAUACAUUUUAAAUUAUGUAAACAAACUAGGAGGAAAAUGUAUAAUUUUGAGGGACACCUAAUUCAUUUUGGGUUUGGAAAUAUUUUUCCACCUCUUGCUUUAUGCUCCAAAAUGUGUAUUUCAUGUACUUGCAAAAAUACUACAGAUGGGGCUGGAGGGAUGGCUCAGGUGUUAAGAGCACCGACUGCUCUUCCAGAGGUCCUUAGUUCAAAUCCCAGCAACCACAUGGUGGCUCACAACCAUCUGUAAUGGGAUCUGAUGCCCUCUUCUGGUGUGUCUGAAGACAGCUACAGUGUACUCAUAACAUAAAAUAAAUAUUUUUAAAAAAACCAACAAAAAAUGAAA